UCUCAUACUCUGAUAUCUGAUUUAAAUUGGUUUCGGGUGAGCUGUAUAUUAGUGAGGUUGUUUUUUUUUUUAUUUUUUUUUUUCAAAAUUUUGUUUUUCAAAAAACAUUAGUGUUUUUUAAAGCUUUCUGAGUGAUUCUCCUGUGAAGCCUAGAUUGGGAAGGGGGGGAAAGGAAAACAUUCUAGGAAGCGUUUGGGAGAGAUGUGAUUCUGUCUGGGAUCACAGAAGCCUGGAAUGGCCAGAAAUUGAAGAGUGGACCUUGAGCUAAGGGAGUCCUACUGUGGUCAGGACCCUGAAACCCUACUUCUCCAUCCCUCCCUAUUGGCUCCUUAGCCUCACAACACCUACCCUGGUUUGAGAGCUGGGAAUCUUUGUGCGGGCGACUUUAUCCAGCAUAUUGAUUUUCAGCACUCAAAGCCCAGACGCUCAUAGGUAAGACAUAUGUUCAUAGUCUCACCUGGGAAUUUCCUCCUCUCCCUUUUCCGGGUAAGCAGGUGGAUGGACACAUGUAAGAGUGCAGCUUUAGAAGAAGAGGCUUUGCCGAAGAGAAAGCUCUCUUCCCGCAUUUCUGUGGCCUUAUGUAAAUCACGUCUCCCCUCAGAGCCUCAUUUUCCCAUCUGUAAAAUGGAAUGAGGGCCUCUCCGAUCCCUCUGGGCCUGACCUCUGUGCUUGGAGAGGCAAUAUGGGGCAAGGGUAAGAGCUCUCGACCUGGAAUCUAAAAAACAGAGAGAAGAGUAUUUGGAGGGCAAACCCCCAGGGCUCUGCUGAGAAUUCAAUGAGGUAAUAUGCCAGAAAAUGCUCUGCAAGUACACGGGUCAGUCAGAGAAUGCUAGCCGCCGUAACAAAUAACCCCAAUGUCAGUGGAUUAGCACAACAAAUGCUUAUUUUGCACACUGCCAUCCAGUGUGGGCUCCAGUCUUCCGGGGACUGAGUUCUCCCCCCUUCUUGUGGUACCGCCAUCUUGAACAUGUCUUCCAAGGUCACCACGGGAUGGGAAGAGAGAGGUGGAGGCUAGUGCAGGGGAUUUUAGGACCGGGCAUGAAUGUGUCAUAUGUUGUGUCUACCGUAUUCCAUUGGACAGGACUCAGCACAUGGCUCCCAUAACUGCAGGGGAGUCUGGGAAAUGUAGUCUUCCCGUCUACCCGUGACAACCGUGAGAUUGGUUUGAUGAACACAUGACAUUGUCUUGCCAUGCCUGCGUACGACUUUCUGUGUGUAUUCCUUUCAAGUGCUAUUUAAAUGUCAGAUAUUAAUAGUAACGUGACAAUAUCCCACAUUCCUGGAUGGAGGGGAGGAUAAUAAUUGGAAUGUUUAUUUAUUUAUUGGCCGUUCUGAGUCAAGAAUGAUGGUAGACGUGCAGGUCGUAUAUGAACAACUUUGAGACACUUGAGGCACAAGAAAUACUCCAUUUCUUUCUUUUGCUUCAUGCAAUCAAAUCCAGCUUCAAGCUCUCCUUUGCCACAGCCAGUACAAAUUCCAAUGUCAUUCACUUGGGGGUGGUUCCCCCUCUCUGUGAUCUUGUAAGCCCAGGGGUUACAAAGUGUUCAUGAUGGAAAAGUCCGUGGUCUUCAGUCCUCUGUAGCUGCAGCCCCCUGAACAGGUUGGCUAGGCUUGCAUGGUGCAUAGGGAGAGAGGGGGUUCCUUUGGGGACAUUCUUGAGUGCUGGCAAAGGUGACCCAGGAGACCACAGCAGUGACCCUCAAGGUCAGAGGUUCGUGCUCACCUGCCUUCAGCCGAGAUCUUUGCCACCCCCGGUGAGCUGUGUCCCAGCCAGCCCUGGUCUGGGCUCUCCCAAUCCAGGGGACUCUAGCCUCUCUGCUUCCCUUUGGGUUAUCACUCUCCUCUAGAACUAAAAGCAUCAGCCUUCACCCCCACCCCUCUGAGAUAAUCCAGCUCAUUGUCUCCGUCCCCUUGAAAGGGGUCUCAAACUCAGGGGCCGGGUAGAGGGUGUGGAUGGGGGAAACCAGGAGGGGAGCACUGUGAGGAACCAGAAUAGCUGUGCCCCAUCGAUUGCCCCCAUGUGAGGAGAAUGCGUGCCCAAUGUCAACGGACUUUCAAGAGAUGCCAGAAACCCAACUUUUAUGCAAAAUCUCCUGAUUUGUCAAUGUUGGCAGCUGAUUCCUUUUUUCUUCUUUCCUUUCGAGACACUCUGCAAGCCCAAACAAAACACGUCUGCAAGCCAGAUGUGGACCAAAGCCCGAGAGUUUGUUCUGGCUGCCCAGACUUUCGAAAACACACUUUAUUUGGGGUUGUCUCCUGGGGCUCCUGGCAACUUCUCUAUUUUUUCUCUGAAACAUAAAAGCUGAACUCCCUUUGCAAAGCGGAGGAACCCAGGGCUCAGAAGACAAAGGCUUGACUGCCCUUUGAGUGAGGGGGCAGGGGGGAGAUCACCGCGUUCACGGUUCCCAGCCUGUGUGGUCCUUGGUGAGGCGGGUGGAGAAGGAGGAGGAAGGAAGGAGGAAAGAAGAAAUAACAUAAUGUUUUCAUAACUCAGCCUGCACUGACUCCUUAAAUCUUCAUGCAAGGUGGAGACAGGUAGAUGGGAAGACAGCUCGCGGCCAGCCUUCGUGCCAGGCUUCGUGAUCCUGGCCAGUGUGGGGGGAUGCUUCAGUGCCCAGCAGGGUGGCUGGGUGGCCAGACGUGGGGUGUAACAGCCAGUGCCCAUUCUCAGCCUCAGGGAAGGCUCCAGAACAGGCCUCGAUGUGCCCCAGGGCGACAGGGGAGGGGCAGGUAGAAGAUGAGGGUUUUGGAGAAACCAGGUGGCCGACUUAACAGAGCUCACGCCAGAGCCUUGGAGGGGCCGGUCCCCAAGCCCCGGCUCACCCCGGGUCCUCGGCUAACCCCAUUCUAACUCCUGAACUGCACCCCGCUGGUUUCUGAAAAUUGUGAUCUCGAUCCUGCUUGCUUCCCAAGGCGCUCGAGGCAAUUAAGAUCUAUGUUCAGUAGGAUGUAAACCAAGAGCAGGAAGAGGAUGCGGGAGGAGAGGUCCCUGACCCCUGAGAUGAGCUGAUUUGUGACGCUGGGUCCCAGUCUGACCAUGCUGAGCUGGAUCUCCAACGGAGUGUGCAGGCCGUGCUCCGGGAGCUCGGCGCCCAGGCCCCGUCCCUGCAGAGCAACCAAGGCAUGUGGAGAUGGUCCCUGCAUAAGAAGGUGGAGCGAGAUCCUGGAAAGAGUCCGGCUCUGGUCCGCAUUCUGCUCAGAGAACUGGAGAAGGCAGAGAGCGAGGACAUCCGGCAUGUGAUCAUUCCUUUGCUGCACACGCUAAUGUAUGUGCUCACUAAGGCCACGGGCAUCACGGAGGAGCUCUACCGGAGAACCUACACCUUUUGCACAAGGUUGCUAACCCUGCCCGCCCCCUACUGCACGGUCGCCUUGGACUGCGCCAUAAGGCUGAAAACCGAGACCGCUGUCCCAGGGACACUGUACCAAAGGCUGGUCAUUGCCGAGCAGAACCUGACGAGUGAGCUGUACCCCUACCAGGAGAGAGCAUUCCUCUUCGUGGACCCCGAGCUGGUGUCCCCGUCCGUGUGCAGCGCGCUGCUGCUGGAGCUCGAGGCGGCGCAGGCGCAGCAGACGCCCGAGGCCUGCAUGCGCCACGUGGUCGCCCACGCCCUGCAGGCCGCCCUGGGGGACGCCUGCCACGCAGGCGCUCUGCAGAGGAAGCUGCAGGCCAGCCCUCGCCAGGCCCUGGAGCGCUAUUUCCACGCCGUGGUGGCAGCCGUGGAGCAGAUGGCCAGCGAGCCCAGCCCGAGCCGGGAGGGACACCUGGAGAGGCUGGAGGAGAUUUACUGCUCGCUGCUGGGGCCGGAGGCGGCCGCCAGGGGGCGCUGCGGCGGUGACCCCCUGCAGUCCCCGCAGCCAAACAUCCCUCUGCCCAGCCCCCACAUCACCUUCCACCUGUGGACGGAUGAAGAACAGCUCUGGAAGGAACUGGUGCUCUUCCUGCGCCCGCGAUCCCAGCUGUGCCUCAGCGCCGACUUGGAGGCCUUGGAUCUGCAGGGCCUCUGGCCGGACCGGGAGCUGGCCCGGGUGUCCAUGCUGUCCACCGACAGCGGCAUCGAGCGGGACCUUCCUCCGGGGGCUGACGAGCUGCCCCUACCCGGCAGCCCCGAGAUGGAGCGCGCCAGGCUGCAGCGCAAAGGCGGCGUCAAGAAGCGGGUGCGGCUCCCGGACGUCUUGAUGCCCGCGUGCUGGGACGGGCCCCCGGGUCUACACCGCAGGACGGGCAGGCCCAGUGGGGACGGGGAGCUACUGCCUGGUGUGUCGCGGCUUCACACGGCCAGGGUGCUGGUGCUGGGGGACGACAGGAUGCUGGGGCGCCUGGCCCAGGCCUACCACAGCCUCAGGAAACGAGAGAUCCAGAAGUGCUGCCUCACCCCCAGGCUCAGUCUACAGCUGUACUACAUCCCCGUGCUGGCACCCGAGAAACAGGCAUCAUGCAGACGUUCGGAGCUCAGAGAGCUGGCCACAUUCCUGGGCCGCGCAGACCCAUGGUAUGAGAACACCGUGAACACACUGUGCCCGGCCAUCCACAAGCUGGCAGAGAUGCCUCCCUCCCUGGACACAUCCCGGACCGUGGACCCCUUCAUCCUCGAUGUCACCACCUACUACCUUCGCAUGGGCACCCAACCCGUCUACUUCCAGAUCUACACAGUCAAGAUCUUCAGGGACCUGAGCCAACACCCUGCAGAGGACAUUUUUCUCACUGAGCUCAAGGUGAAGAUUCAAGACACCAAGCCCCCCAAAGAUGGCUUUUCACCCAGGAGGAGGGGCGCAGCCGAGGGCCCAGGGGCUGAGCUCAACAUUUGCUACCAGAAGGCCCUGCUCAGCCACCGGGCCCAAGAGGUCGCCGUUUCCUUGCGGGCCACUGGGCUGGUCCUGAAGACCUUUGCAGCCAGUGACACUGAAGUUUCUGGGCCCACCCCCGCCCCGCCACCUGCUGUCCCCGUGACAGACCACACGUGCCUGAACGUCAGCGUGACGGAGGUCAUCAAGUCCUCCAACUUGGCGGGAAGGUCCUUCUCUAUGGUGACAAACACCUUCCGGACGGCCAACAUCCAGAUCCAGAGCCAGGACCAGAGGCUCCUGACGCUGCUCCUGGACAAGGACAGUCGGCGAACGUUCAAGGACGUGGUCAGAUUCGAGGUCUCUCCUUGCCCAGAGCCAUGUUCCGAGGCCCACAAGUCCGAGGCGUCACAGCUCAGUUCACACGGGCAGGAGGUGGAAGGGACCAAAGCCAAGCCCAAGCCCCUUCUAAUGCCCAUCAACACGUUCUCCGGCAUCGUCCAGUGAGCCCGCAGGGGCAGCAGAAGCGCCGGGUCUGAGAGCCCAGGCUCAAGAGUACGGAUACACUACCCCACCAGCCUCCAAACACUCACACCGGCCGCCGGAACGAGGCCUGGCUGCCCUGGGUGGCUUCUGGCUGUGAGUAGGAGCCAGCGAGUGACCGGAGCAUAGGGCGCUUACUGGGCCGUGGCAGGUGAUGGAGCAGGGCCCACACACAGGCCCCAGGAAGGUCCCAGCAAAGCUGCACACACGCAAGCAAGACCCGGCUCCGUGCACAAAUGUCCACGCCUCCACUGAUCUUCAAUUCCCAAGAUCCCCCCUCGGCCCUUAAACCGCCCCCAGUGAGAGAUGCUCUGUCGGCCAGGGCUCUGUGGCCUGGGGGGGAGGGUGGGGGGUGGGAAGCAGGCAAAGAUAAUUGCAGCCUCUCCCUUCCGAGAGUCUGUUCCUUUUCUUCCUUCCAGCCACCUCCUCGUCCUGCAUUCCCAGGCAGGUGUCUCUCCCGAGUGAGAGGAAAUCGUCAGUUCCAAUAAACACACUAAAGUA